UGCAGACCGUAGGUGGAUUGGAUAAUCUUCGGUGCAGACCAUACGAACAAUGGAUGAUUAUAUUUUGUGCGGUAUUUUGGGAUUCCGCAUAACUUGUACGAUAAACUAAAAAAUCAGUAUCCUUUUCCAAAUAUUUGUGUUUUUUCAAUAUUUGGACUACGCUAAAAAAUAGCUUAUUUGACAAGAUAAUUUCGUUAGCGAGCCCUGUAUACAGUGAAGACAUUGAAGAAAGUGAUCUUCUUGGCCCAGGAUAAUGGAUGUGCAAGGAGAGAAUCAGAAAGACGCUAAGCGCAGUGCCGAUGAUGCAGAGGUGUCCGAGCCCAAGAGGCAGCACACACUGUCUGCUGAGCUGCCCUCUGCCGACAGCAGCGAGGUCACGAAGAAGGCACAGCCUCAUUCUCGCUGGGACGUGCCACCUGGCGAAGGUGGUGAAAAACCACCGCCCGAGAAGUCAUUGAUCGAGGAAACCGAGUAUGGGAAGUUCUUGAUCUUGGAAUUAUGGGGGGACAACCAUAAAACCAUCUUGAAGAGGUCGUUGCAGGUGUGCGACCUUCACUAUGACAUUAUUGUAAAGCAAUUGAAUGAAGACUCAAAGUGGAAAGCUACGUUGUUUAUCAAGGACAAACCAGUAGCACAUGGUGAGGGUGUGAAGCCUAAGAAAGCUAAACAGGCAGCAAUCAUGAACGCAGUGGAGAAACUGAAGGAGACUUGCUACACUUUAAAGGAGAGGCAGCGGGAGGUGACGGGGAUCGUCGUGACCAAGGCCCUGCUGCAGGAGCUGGCUCAGCUGCCCCACGGAGACGCGGGCAGCGCCCUCGAGCGCCUGCUGGGGCGGCCGGACCUGCGGCAGUGCGACAUGCAGGGGGCGGGGCCCGGCUCCAAGAGGGGCAAGCCCAUCAAGGUCAUGUCCACGAUCGAGUUCCGCCAGGUGGCCGAGCGCCUGCUGCAGGAGUACAUCGCCCUGGACACCUGGGACGACCUGGUGCUCAGCAACGAGUUCGUGGACGAAGAGAAGCAGAUCCUGCGCGAGUAUGCUGAGAAAAUGGAUUUGAAGAAUAAAGUGUUCUACAGGUCCAAGAAGAUCAAAUACAUGACUAUUUUAAAGAAGGUGUCGUUUUGGAACAAGGCCAACAGGAUCAUGUCCGGGUGGGUGAGCUCGAGGUUCGAGUUGAUCCCGCCUCACGUUGCGAACUAGUCGUGGCCAGCGGCUGCGGUUCUUGCUGCAGAGCCGGCCGUCUUCCUUGCCAGCCCGCAGACCGCGGUAGCGUGCAGAGUUUGCUGACCCCCCAGUCUGUCGAGACUACGGCUGGACAGCCAUCUGGCUAGCCAUUACAACAGUUUUCACAAUUGCUCUGUGUAUAUGUGAGAGGGUUAGUGUGGUGCAAACUCUGCUUUUUUUUCCCUUGGGAUUCAUGAAACAUUUUACAUUUGACUCCCGAAUUUACGACCCCGGGGAAUAAAUACCCUCUCGAAGUAAGGGAUCGUCCAUUAAUCAUAAUCA